GCCGGGGAUUGAGGUGUAGCAGUCUGUGUGUAAGGGUCUGCCAGCAACCUCGGAUUUUCUAUUCUAUCGCCGGUCGAAUAACCCACCGCCAAGAUGUCCAGCAAAAGAGCAAAGACCAAGACCACCAAAAAGCGCCCCCAGCGCGCAACUUCUAAUGUAUUUGCCAUGUUUGACCAGUCCCAAAUCCAGGAGUUUAAGGAGGCAUUCAACAUGAUUGAUCAGAACCGUGAUGGCUUUAUUGAUAAAGAAGAUCUGCAUGACAUGCUUGCCUCUCUUGGAAAAAACCCUACAGACGAGUAUUUAGAUGCCAUGAUGAAUGAAGCACCUGGCCCUAUUAACUUCACCAUGUUCCUUACCAUGUUUGGGGAGAAGCUGAACGGAACCGAUCCUGAGGAUGUUAUUAGGAAUGCCUUUGCAUGCUUUGAUGAAGAAGGAAUAGGUUCUAUCCAGGAGGAUACUCUGAGGGAAUUGCUGACAACAAUGGGUGACCGAUUUACAGAUGAAGAAGUAGAUGAGCUCUUCAGAGAGGCCCCAAUCGACAAGAAGGGCAAUUUCAAUUACAAUGAAUUCACCCGCAUCUUGAAACAUGGAGCUAAAGAUAAGGAUGACUAAGCUGGAAGUGCCCAGUGGUGUAAGAACAACUGCACUGCUCUAUAUCAUCCUCACGUUCCUCUUCCUGAUAGAACUCAUUGCAUGCAUUUAGCUCUAGAUCUUUUCUUUUCUGUGUAUUUAUGGAUCUGAACCAGGCCCUUUUGGCAAAUGGGCACAUAUGUAACCAAACUGGAAAACAAAAAAAAGUGCAAUGUAACACGCGUUACACAGCAGGUUUUUUCUUGGGACUUGAGCUGGAUUUUUUGCAAUUUUGUAGUAAAAUUUGGAAUUAAGAUAACUGUCAGUUAAAACUUUUCUCCGAAUGGCCUGGCAAAGUGGAAAUAAGAUAUUCCUAUGUGAAUAUAUAUAUAUGUUGGUGUUAAAAAUAGGCCCUGUUUAGUACUGGGGUUAGCUAUGCAGUUGGCUCCUAUAGACUUGUUUAUCUGACAGUUGUAGCAUUUACUCUUCUCAAUAAAAGCUGCUUGUGGCAUAUCCCAGCUAAAACUUCCAACGUGUCAACAAGCUUCUUCUCUGUUCCUAUAUCCGCUAGAGCCCUGCGCAUUGCUUCUCCUAAAGACAAGCGCCCCCGGCUUCUAGCUCUGUACACUGCACAUGUAUUCUUCAUCUCCUGCCAAGGGUUCUUGCUGCACUCUCGCUAGCAAUGAGCAAGCCACAUACAGGACAGCUAUUGGCUAACAGUGCUGGCAUGAUUAAGAGCUAAAUGUAGAGAACACAUUUUCAUAUCAAUAUCGGCAUUUUUAUAAAGUAAAUAAAAGGGUUUUUUUCUAAUCA